AUGAACUCGUUCACAGGUAUUAUCUGCACCAGUCUUCGAUCACGUCAAAUGAUGAUACAGCUAGUUUUUCUACUGUUCAUCGCCGAGACUUCGUUUUCUGCGAUCAUGAUCUACCAGGCUAAGGAAGGUGAACCAGUAUCGCUAGAUCUUGGACCCAACAUCGUAACAUGGGGACGUACCAGGAAUAAUGGAAGCGAAUUUAUCAGAUAUUGCGCGGAAGGAGAUAACGCUGCACGGUGUCACCAUUUCAUAAACGAGGAUAAUGUUCCAGCGAUGCCAGAAACGGAAGCUCAUGUCAACAAAAAUGGAACUUUAGUGAUCAACUCGUUUAAAGCUUCAGAUGUAGGAGAAUAUUUUUCACCUGACGAGCUAGAACGGAUCCACUUUAACGUCGAUGGCACUUACUGGUCAACACCUCGCUCUCGCAUUUCAGUCAUACUUUAGGAUUACUUUGGUAGACUCUAGUAUGUAUAUAAAUGACGAACUAUGUAAUAAACCGUGCGUUUGCUCAA